GGUCGCUCCGGUUACUUGUUCGAAUGAGUCGAGUCCAUCGCUAGUUCGUAGUACGAGCACGUGUUUCGAUCUAUCGAGCGGCGCUUUGGACCGUCUGGUUGCGGUGCGGUUUAUUCAGUGUCAGUGCUGUUCUCGGCUCGCACACCACUCGGCGGGACAGGGUGUCACACUUAUCACCAGCUGACCGUCUUAAGGAUAUAUCGACGUUCGAUUGAUUUUCAACAUCCGUCGGCACUUUUUUCGAAAACGGAUCGCUUGGGGAACGCGUACAGAUUGACACCGGCCAUAGUCGAAUGACUCCCAAGUAAGAUAUUCGACUCUUUCCAAUGAUGAAAUUACUAGCUGGCGUGGAAGAGGUGAGCGAUCAAAACGAAAAGAAGCAGAGCGAUGAGCAGUCCCACAACAAUAAUCAUGAGAAACAACCGAAUACAGAUAUCGUACAAGAGACGGUCAAGCUACUCACUGAUGAGGUGUACCCACCUGCCAGAAAGCUUGAAGAUUCGCCGAUCCAUGGUAAAGUUACGCACGAAGAUGAAGAGAAAAUGAAACGUCUUCUUUCUUACAAAGAAGCUCCUGAAUAUCUUCAGCACAACCCGUAUAUUCGUCGUGGAUAUCGAGGCUAUCUUACCACAAAGUUAUGCGUCGAAAGCAUAUUCUGGUGGACAAACGAGACAGUAAACAUAUGGAGCCACAUAUUUGGGUGGAUGCUGUUUUUCGGUCUGACCUUGUACGACCUUUGUUUGCUGAAUAUUCAUGCACCCAUGGGUGACAAAGUCAUAGUGACUCUUUUACUAAUCUGUUUCCAGGCUUGCAUGAUAUUAUCGUCGGUGUACCAUACAUUCUCCUGUCGAAGCGAAAAGGAUUACUGGCGUUUCUUAUCGUUCGAUUUAUUUGGCAUCGCGCUGAGCCUUCUGUCGAUAUACAUGUCUGGAGUUUAUUACGCUUUCUGGUGUCACAAGGAGCUGCAGAGUUUUUAUCUAAUAACCGUGCUGGCCAUUUUCGUAUUCGCAAUGAUCCUACAAAUGCUGGAUAUUGAUGGAAAUAUCAAGCUAGUCGUUUUUGUCGCAUGGGCAGCUUAUGGAGUGCUGCCAACGUUGCAUUGGAGCAUUGCUAUGGGCGGGAUGGACAACCCGAUCGUUAGAAUGUUACUUCCAAGGGUAUUAGGAAUGUAUGUCAUUAGUGGUGGAGCAUUUGUUAUUUAUUUGAGCAAAAUACCAGAACGAUUUUGUCCAGGUUGGGUGGAUUAUAUCGGUUCCUCUCAUCAAUGGUGGCAUCUAUUAGUGGUAUUGGCUCUUUACUAUUGGCACAAUACUGGAAUGCUCUAUGUGGAAUACAGAAUGAAUCAUGGCUGUCCAAGCAACAUAAAAUUAUUAUGACAUACGGAGUCUGACGGCCAUUCAGGCUACGGUUUUAAUAUGGAAUGUGCUUGCGCUAUGGAAUUCAAUGUUUGGUCGUCAGAAUACUACAACAAGCUACCAUUUUAUAGUAGUGAGACGUCCACAACUUGUGCAAACGAGAAUCCAUUACUGACGUAUUAUCAGCGACAAACAUUUUAAUUCCACCUAGUGUUAAGCAAGUGAUAAACGAAACAAUAAUAAUGCCAAUUGUUUAACAUGUUCGUGACGUGUUAAAAUUUCUUAAAUUUUCUUUAACCACCCGGGUGGUUCCCGUCGUGAACGUGUUAAAUCUAACGCGACCUUGCGUUGGUAAUUUUUAUUUAUUUUGUAUUUAUAAAUUUUAAAUAGA